AUGGCUAAGCAGCUUCGUCCCAUGAGCGCUCUAGCCUCGACCGCUAUGAGCUACCCUACGACGCACGAGAGGAUAGAGAAGCCCGAGGACACGCCUUAUUUCGUGGACAACGAGUUCCGCCCCAGCCAGACGGACAAAUUCAUCGACCUGCACGACCCGGCUACGAAUAACCUCGUCACCCGCGUUCCGCAGCUCACCAAGGCCGAGCUCCAGGCCGCUGUCGAUAGUGCCCAGCGUGCGUUCCCCGAGUGGAGGGCCAAGAGCGUGCUUGCCCGCCAGCAGAUCAUGUUCAAGUACGUUAGCCUGAUCCGCGAGAACUGGGACCGGCUCGCCGCGAGCAUCACCCUCGAGCAGGGAAAGACCUUCGUAGAUGCGAGGGGUGAUGUCCUGCGUGGACUUCAGGUGGCGGAGGCCGCGUGCGGGGCCCCGGAGUAUCUUAAGGGCGAGGUGCUCGAGGUCGCCAAGGAUAUGGAGACGAGAUCGUACAGGGAACCCUUGGGCGUCGUUGCUGCCAUUUGCCCUUUUAACUUCCCUGCUAUGAUCCCGUUAUGGUGUAUCCCGAUUGCGACGGUAACCGGAAACACCGUCGUCUUAAAGCCUUCCGAGAGAGAUCCCGGAGCGGCCAUGAUCCUAGUUGAGCUGGCAAAGGAAGCUGGUUUCCCCGACGGUGUAAUUAACGUGGUACAUGGAGCUCACGACACCGUCAACUUCCUCUUGGACGCACCAGAAAUCAAAGCGAUAAGCUUCGUCGGUGGAAACAAGGCGGGAGAGUACAUCUUCAGCCGAGGAUCUGCAAACGGGAAACGAGUGCAGGCUAAUCUCGGUGCCAAGAACCACGCGGCAGUCAUGCCCGACUGCAACAAGAACCAGUUCAUCAACGCUAUUGUGGGAGCUGCCUUCGGAGCUGCCGGCCAGCGAUGCAUGGCCCUCAGCACGCUCGUAAUGGUAGGAGAGACGAAAGAGUGGUUAGGAGAACUGGCAGAAAGCGCCAAGAAACUCCAGGUCAACGGCGGUUUUGAGGAGGGUGCCGACUUGGGUCCGGUCAUCACGCCGCAAAGCAAGGCGAGAAUCGAGAGCUUGAUCGCCAGUGCCGAGGAGGAAGGUGCUACGAUCCUCUUGGACGGACGUGGCUUCAAGCCGGAGAAGUACCCGAACGGCAACUGGGUCGGCCCCACCAUCAUCACGAACGUGACCAAAGACAUGAAAUGUUACAAGGAAGAGAUCUUCGGUCCGGUGCUGGUGUGUCUCAACGUGGACACGCUCGACGAGGCGAUCGAUCUAAUUAACGACAACGAGUACGGUAACGGCACGGCCAUCUUCACGCGCUCGGGCGCGACGGCCGAGAAGUUCCGGCGCGAUAUCGAGGCCGGCCAGGUCGGCAUAAACGUCCCGAUCCCGGUGCCGCUGCCCAUGUUCUCGUUUACGGGCAACAAGAAGAGCGUGGCGGGAGGAGGCGCCAACACCUUUUACGGUCGUCCCGGGGUCAACUUCUACACGCAGCAAAAGACGGUCACGGCGCUGUGGUCCAGCGCGGAUGCGAUUUCUAACAAGGCGGAUGUUGCUAUGCCUACGCACAGUUAG